AUGCAGCCUUCAGCAGGAAGUCACAACCAUGAGAACUGUGUUCAGACACAACUGUGCGCCCAGCUGGAGUUCGUCCAGAUCCUGGUGAUCGUGGUGGUGAUGAUGGUGAUGGUGGUCGUCAUCACCUGCCUGCUCAACCACUACCGCCUAUCAGCUCGCUCCAUCCUCUCCAGACACGCCCCCGCACGCCGGAGACACCUGCCCCUGGCCAACGAGGGCAGUCUGUGGUCCUCUGAGGCGACGGGGACAAACAGCGGUCUACACGAGGUGUACAGCCCCCGCCCUCCAGACACCGCCCCCUCGUCCUAUCUUCAGAGGGAGCCUCAGUCCCAGGCCCCUCUGCAGUCCCAGCGCUUCCAGCACACGUACGCCCCGAGUCGCUUCCAGCCGUACCCCUACCUGCCCCAGAGCCUCAUCGACCUCCCCCCCACAAUCUGCCUUUCAGACGGGGAGGAGCCCCCGCCGUACCAGGGCCCCUGCACGCUGCAGCUCCGAGACCAGCAGCAGAUGGAGCUGAACCGCGAGUCGGUGCGAGCGCCGCCCAACAGGACUGUGUUCGAUUCCCACCCGAUUGACCCAUCCAGCUCCUGUCUGCAGGCCAGUCUGCAGGCGCCUCCGCCGAGCGUCCACUCCGGCGUCAGUGUGCUAGAAGCCCAGGAGGCGUUGUCCCGGCAGCAGAAGCCGGGCUCUCGAGUAGACGGCGCUCCCCCGACCUACAGCGAGGUGAUCGGCCACUACUACCACCCGACGUCCCUGACGCCCGGCCACCACCAUCGGACUGUGUCGUCCACACAACCACCGCCGUCCUCGUUCAUGCACGGCCUGCUCCGACCUCCUCAGCGGCGAGGAAGUGUGGACAACAGGAACGCCAGGAACACAAAGGAGAAAUCCCAGAAGCCCCAGCAGGUGUGACAGAACGGCUUCGUUAUUCCAAGACUAUUUCUGCUCGCCGCCUGGGAAGUUUCCUCAGCAAAAGGGGAAUGACCUGGUCUUUGGUAAAAAACGGUUUAAGGGCUGGUUAGUUGUAGUUUCAGCCGGGCAUGUUGGUCAGUGUCCUGGAUCAUCCUGGGACUGGGAUGGAGUCGGCUUUUGGAUAGGUAAGAACACCUGGAAGCCUUGAACCUCCUGCAGAGCACAUCAGAGGAGGAACGCCUCGUCCUUUUCCUCCUCCUAUCAGACUGACCUAUCCAGAGUUCAUUCAUUAUAAAUAUUUACAUGUUUGUUUGUUUGUCUUCUUCGCGCUGACGAAAACAUUUCCUUUCCAGACAAAAUGGCGAAACGUUGCAAGGUUUUUAAUUUUUUUGUGAUA